AUGGACUCUCAUUCUUGUCACCAAACCAACAACCAGACCAAACAGAUCAUCCUCGUACACGGUCCCAUCAUCAUAGGAGCCGGUCCUUCGGGUCUCGCCACGUCUGCAUGUCUCUCUAGCCGUGGAGUCCCCUCUUUGAUCCUAGAACGUUCCGGUUCAAUAGCAUCACUAUGGAAAUCCAAAACGUACGACCGACUCAAACUCCACCUCCCAAAACACUUUUGCAGAUUACCACUCUUGAACUUCCCUGAAAACUUCCCAAAAUACCCUUCUAAAAACGAGUUCUUGGACUACCUUGAGUCAUACGCUUCUCAUUUUCGUAUCGCCUCUAGGUUCAAUGAGAACGUCCAAAACGCUGCUUACGAUUCUUUCUCCGGUUUGUGGAGAGUUCAGACUCUAAGUGGCACAGAGUAUCUCUCUAAGUGGCUUCUCGUGGCGACUGGUGAAAACGCAGAUGCUUAUGUCCCAGAGGUUCCAGGGAUAGUGAAGUUUUCUGGUGGGAAAAUUAUUCAUGCAAGUGAAUACAAAAGCGGUGAAGAGUUCCGACAACAGAAAGUUUUAGUUGUCGGAUGUGGAAACUCAGGCAUGGAGAUUAGUUUGGAUCUUGUUCGACAUAACGCUUCUCCUCAUCUUGUUGUCCGAAACACCGUUCAUGUGUUGCCAAGGGAGAUAUUUGGCUUAUCAACAUUUGGAGUCGGGAUGACACUUCUCAAAUGUUUACCAUUGAGGUUUGUUGAUAAGUUCUUGUUACUGAUGGCUCAUCUUUCGUUUGGAAAUACCGACCGGUUAGGUUUACGCAGACCGAAAACCGGUCCACUUAAGCUAAAGAAUGUCACCGGAAAAACUCCGGUUCUUGACGUCGGAGCUAUGACUCACAUCAGAUCUGGCAAGAUUCAGAUAAUGGAAGGUGUAAAGGAAAUUACAAAAAAUGGAGCAAAGUUUAUGGAUGGUCAAGAAAAGGAAUUUGACUCUAUCAUAUUUGCCACUGGUUACAAAAGUAACGUGCCUACUUGGCUUCAGGGAAGUGAUUUGUUCACAAAGGAAGGGAUGCCCAAAACGCCGUUUCCUAACAGUUGGAGAGGAGGGAAAGGAUUGUACACGGUUGGGUUUACGAGGAGAGGACUCCUUGGAACGGCGUCUGACGCGGUUAAGAUCGCUGGUGAAAUAGCUGACCAGUGGAGAGACGAUAUCAAAGGGACCAAGAAUCUGUGCAGCUCUCGCUUUGUCAUUAUUUCUAAAUCCUAA